AAGGCAAAGGAGAGAACGCCUUCUGGGCAGCCCGGGAGCCGACCAAUAGCCAUUUAUUGAACACACAAGCCCAGGGGCCUUGCCGCGGAGGAGACAAGGCUGUCCGAGGCCUACCGCGGGCGGCAGCCGAGGGGCAGGACGGGCAGCUCGCGCUUGGCCGGCCCACCGCCCGGGGAAGGCGGGCAAGCUCGGGGCUUCCGGCCUGCAGGCCCGGCCCUAACCACGGCGCGGCCUCGGGCUGGGAGGAAGGAAAUGACGAGGUCUCAGACGCGCAGGCCGGAGCCCUGGCCUAGCCCAGCCCGGCUGCCCAAGAGGAGGCCGAUUCCGCCCCAGAAGCAAUAGGGAGCCGCGCGGAGAGCGGAGCUUGUUCUCCUGCUGCCCCGUCUCGCUGCCGUGCGCUCCGCGUUCCUUCUCCUCCGCAGGAUCCUCGGCGGAGACCGCACGGGGAGAGGAGGUCUGGCGUAGGCCCCAGGAGGCGAGGCUCCUGUUCCGGGGGAAGGGGGGGACGGGGAAGAAGGGCACAUCAUCUCCCGGAAGUGACGCAAGCAGAACGGCUCCCGCGGCCGGAGGUGGCGAGAGCCAUGGCAGAGGCGGAAGCGGAAGGAUGCUCCCUCCUGCUGCCACCAAUGCCCCCUCAGGGGAUGGCGGAAGUGGAGGCGGCCGACGGAGCGGCGAGGAAGCAGUUCCGUGGAAGCGGCGCCGGCGGCAGCAGCGGGGUCGCGGGCAUGGACGUGGAGCGGAGUCGCUUCCCCUACUGCGUGGUGUGGACGCCCAUUCCCCUGCUCACAUGGGUUUUCCCCAUCAUUGGCCAUAUGGGCAUCUGUACUUCCACGGGCAUCAUUCGGGACUUCGCAGGCCCCUACUAUGUCUCGGAAGACAAUAUGGCCUUUGGAAAGCCUGUGAAGUACUGGAAGCUGGACCCCUCCAAAGUGCACGCCGGCCGGCCCAAUGCCUGGGACACGGCGGUCCAUGAGGCCUCGGAGGAAUAUAAACAUCGCAUGCAUAACCUCUGCUGUGACAAUUGUCACUCCCACGUGGCCCUGGCCCUGAACCUGAUGCGCUACAACAACAGCUCCCACUGGAACAUGGUGAAAGUCUGCUUUUUCUGCCUGAUCUACGGGAAGUAUGUCAGUGUUGGGGCGUUUGUGAAGACCUGGCUCCCCUUUGUCCUCCUCUUGGGCAUCAUUGUCACCACUGCCUUCAUCUUCAACCUGCGGUGAUGGCUGCAGCCCCAGCUGUGCCGGGAGUCUGGAGGCCCUGGCCGGAAGGAGGGCAGGCUGGCGCACACUCUCCCUGCCCCGCUGUCCCAGAGCGACGCAGGGCCGAGAUGCCCGCCUCCUUUGGUCGCAGAUACUCCUCCCUCCCAAAAGUAGCAGAGCUGCCCGUGAGCCUGGAGCCAGGGUCCUUAGCAGCCAAAACUCGGGACAGAUGCUGACCCUGGAAGGGGCCACGGCCUCCUAGUCCUGUUUCAACCCAGCCAGGGCCCUUCGUCUUCUCCCUCCCCCCAGGUGGAGCAGCUGUGGGGUCCUUACCUUGUGGGGUCUGUCAGGGAAGGGGGCUGGCUCUCCUCCCGAGGCCAGAAUCCUUCCCUCCCCUUCCCUCCCAUUCCCACUGAGCCCUGUCGCCUGGCCCAGCCCGCCUCUGCCCCUGUCCCAGGCUCCCCAGGCCUUUCCUUCUCAUCCCUGUCUGGGGAGGGACAGAGGGUCUGGCACAGAUUCAGUCACUCUAGCUUAGCCAAGGCCCAGAGUUAGCCAAGAUGCCCCAGCAAAGGCAGUGGGUCAGACCCCAAGGGGGAGGUGCCCUGGUCCCCUCCAAACUAAUCUCUGGUUCCCCUUCUCUGCCAGGAAUAGGUAAUGAAUUGGGAGGGUUGGACUAAUAACUGCUACGAUUGCCCAGAAGGGGGGCAGCAGGUGCCCGCCUUCACCCCCUCCCCAGAGGCAUGAGCCCUGCUCAGGUCCCUCCCCUUGCUCAGGGCCUUGCCCUCUAGUUUAGGGCAGAAGAUGGUUGGCUGCCCCUACUUCUCCCCUGUCUGUUCCACCAUGGAGGGAGACGGGUCAGCAAUUCCUGGCCCAAGCAGGAAGCCCCACUUGUGCAGGCAUAUAGUUCUUCCAGUAACCCCGGUGUGAGGGCGGGAGGACCGAACCACAGUGGGAACUCCAAAGGGAUAUGGAUCACUACGUCCAGUGCCACACUGACCAGCCCUGAGCCUCUCCUCGAAGGGGUGCUCUGGGGCACUUCCUGGGGCACCUCUAAGUCUAGUUCCCCCUUUUCAUGUUAUGUGAUUGGGGCCUGGCCCCUCCAGUCCCCUGCCAAGCAGAUCUAGCCUGCUGUGUCCCUGACCCUCAGAAGGAAAGGGGGCUCACCAGGCAGGGCCAAUAAAGAGCCUUGACUCUAGUUUGCCCAGUCUUUUGCCCUUCCUUGCUCCCAAGCCCACAACCCCUGGAUCUCUCCAAGGUUCCUCAGGAGCCUGAGCCCUGCUUUCCUAGAUGAGCCAGAGGCCUGGAUGGGUGAGGCUUGCAAAAGACUCCUGGGGCACCUUGCACUCGUUCUUAAAAACAGGAUGUCCCCCCCAAAACACCCCCAUGAUAUAUGCUCCUAGUCCAGCCCUGACUGGGGCUAAAGUACAGUCUGAGGAAGGAAGGAGCCUUGGCUCCUGGUAAAGGCUGCGGCUUGUGUUCCCAAGUCGAUGACUGAAUCUUCUCUGUAACAUCUCUGCCCAGGGGUCCUCUGACCUCUGCUGGAAGACUCCCACACCAGGGAGUUUGUUACCUCCUGAAUUCGGCCCUCCCCACUUAGAUCCCUUUUGUUGAGCCCCAAGCCAGAUAGGGCCUUGAGCUGGACGAACUGGACUCGACACACAAGCUGACCGUCCUGGCUGUGGGACCCAGGCCUAGUCCUGUCACCUCCCAGUGGCCCAGACAACUCGGAAGGGGCUGCUGGAAAUGGGAGGAAGGGAGCUCCCCAUACUGUGGCAAAGACAGCUCAGCCCCUCUCAAUCCUUCCUUUAGGAGCCCCCAAGCUUACUCUUGGGUGUGAAACCCCUUUGAAUCCUUAAAGAUAGCUGUCAUGGUCCCCUCAAGUCUCUUCCAGGAGUGGCCCUCAACCAGAUAUUUGCUUUGAGAGCAUCUUCCUUACUGUCCUGGCUGCCUUGUGCACAGUCAACAUUCUCCCAAAAGGUGGGCUCCAGAAGUGGUCCCCGCAAGUCCUGAUAGGAUCCUGGCGGGGCUAGGGGAUUCCCAGUGGGGCCUAAGGGAUUGGAGGGGCUGCACUAGCACCCUGAAACAGCAUGGGGAGCAAGAUCACACCUCGGGUUUGGUGCGGGACUGAGCAUUCUGGCCUGGUACACCCCAAAGGUGCUCAAUCAGCCAAGGAUCUGGCCAAUUAGGCCCUACCUGCCCCCUGCUCCCUGGGGCUGUCAGCCUCCUCUGGGCCCACAAGCCACAGGGAAGUACAUCAUAAUAUCUACAUGUUGCCUGUGGGCCUUCAGGAGGAGGGGAGUAGGUACCUUAGCUGGAUCUUAUGGCUGGAUGGAGGCUGUGAUCUAGGUGAGUAAAGGUGAAGGGGAGGGCAUCCGGGAUCCCAGGGAGAGCAGAAUGGGGGAGGCAGGAGAAUGUCGGGCGGACUACUCGAGGACAUGUCGCAGCUAGUUUGGCUGGAGCCAGAGGCCAGAAAAGCAGGUUAGAGCUAGCGAUGAGCUCAACUCUAUUUAAAUUGUCAAUUCACUUGAAAAUAUACCUCACUGACCUUGA